CUGGUUGCGUCUCGGUCCGCCCGCAGCAGUCUCCUUCCCCGGCGAGCUUUCACUUCAGAGAUGGCUGCGAAAGUGUGCAGAUCAGUCCUCCUGUUGUCCCGGAGCGGCGGAGCGGCUGUAGGCAGCCUCCCCGCACUCGUCGCUCCUUCUCCGCGGCACCAGCAGCACAUAAGAUCGCAGGAGGUACUGUCUGCGCCAUUCACUCGCCAGACUGUCAGGAGAGCACAUGGCCUCCGGUCAGCAGCCCACUCCACACUCUUCACUCAGCAUCCCACUGCCCUGUCUCCUGAGAUCUGGAGGGGCUCAUCUUCCUGGCAUGGCCAAAGAAUGUUGUGUACCCCGGCUUCUUCAGAUGAGGUGACGGUGGUGUACCAGAACGGGCUGCCAGUCAUCUCGGUCAGUUUGCCGUCGAGGCGAGAACGCUGUCAGUUCACUCUCAAGCCUCUCAGCGAUUGCGUGGGAGUUUUCCUGCAACAGCUCCAAGCAGAGGACAGAGGCAUCGAUCGAGUAGCCAUCUACUCCACGGAUGGAGCAAGGGUCGCCUCCUCUACAGGCAUAGACAUCCUGUUACUGGAUGAUUUUAAGCUCGUCAUCAACGACACCACCCACCUUGUGCGGCCACCGAGGAGAGAGUUACUGCCCCAUGAGGAGACAGAAAGGUUGAAUGAUGUAAAGUUCUUGGUGCAGCAGCUCUACACAACCCUGCGGAUUGAGGAGCACCAACUCAGCAAAGAACGCGAGUUGAUUGGACGACUGGAGGAUCUAAACUCUCAGCUCCGCCCCCUUGAAAAGGUGAAGCAGGAGCUGAGUAAGAAGGCGGAGCGACGCACUACCUGGGUGCUGUGGGGCGGCAUGGCGUACAUGGCCACCCAGUUCGGCAUCCUGGCCAGACUAACCUGGUGGGAGUACUCUUGGGAUAUCAUGGAGCCUGUCACCUAUUUCAUCACAUACGGCACAGCCAUGGCCAUGUAUGCCUAUUUUGUGCUCACACGCCAGGAAUACGUGUACCCUGACGCUAGAGACCGACAGUAUCUGCUCUUCCUCCACAAGGGGGUGAAAAGGACACGCUUUGACAUUGAGAAGUAUAACAAGCUUCAAGAGGAUAUUUCUGAGGUGGAGUUGGAUCUGAAACGUCUUAGAGACCCGCUACAGCUUCAGCUCCCGGUUCAACAGCUCAAUGCUGGUAAAGAUUGAUGGAAAGAGUAACGCCUCCUUCUUCCGCUGGCAUUCCCUUUUCUAUCCCUAUCCAACCCCACACGCCCCCCCCCCCCCCCCCCCCUGCCUUAUAUGAAACCUGCCCUCUUCUACAUGUCUCCUGCAUCUCCCUCUUCAAUUUGGGAGUUUUUCCUCUUUUUUUCCCAUUUUUACGUCCCUACUGAACCAACUCUUUUGAUUUGCAACUGAAAGUCACAAGAGGGAACAAUGUUGAGCUGAAGAAACUCACAGUAAUGGUGGAGUUAAAUUUGCAACUCGGCUAUUUUUUUAGCCUCUGAAUGGACAGCCUGAGGGGCAAACAGGAAAUACUACAACCUGACCCUCCAGCACAGGGAAAGCAAAUUUUGGGUACUAUUUGUUUGUAUGUGUGUGUGACGUGCAGGCCAAACCAACAUUCGCCAUUCUGUGAGUUGACACAACAGCACACACACACACACACACACACACACACACACUGGCCGGGGGGGCAGGUUCAGGUUCUCUAUCCCAUACAUGAAACAAGUUUACAAGCAAGGCUCAAAGCGAUGCUAUUUUCCUGUGGCUAAACUCUGCUGCCUCUCCAAACUCUGGCCACGCCUCCUCCAGGUUGACGAACAGCCGUCCUCCCUCAAUGUGACCUUUGAUAGGAGUCCGCCUAGAACCCCGUUUCUUCUUCUCGUGGCAGCCCGGCCUGCGCAAGUAUGAGAGUACUACCGACAACAUCAUCACUGUGUGUUCUUUUAUUCCAAAAAAAUAUAUAUAAUAUUAUGGCACUUUUUAUUUUGAAAGCCAUAGUAUAUUUGUUAUGAAAUGAAUAUAAAAUAAAUCUAUAUGUAUACAAUCAAAUAAACCGAAUGACCAGAUGCUCGUUGUUAUCCAGUGGGGGGAGGAGCUCGUCUUAAAAUCUCACUGUGUCUGAAAGCCACGCCAUGUAUAAUUCAUCAUGUUGUCACAGAGGUAUGAAAAGCAUUAAACACAUUACUUUAACUCUUAAUGUUCCACUGUAACAAGUCCGAUUUGGCUGUCAGACCUAAAUUGGGAAAUUCUCCAAAAUGUGUGCAGUUUUUCAAGCAAAACAUCAGCACAUCCCCCCAGUUUGGGUCGAACGUGUGAAUUUCCACUCAUGAGGUGAAAUGAAUUAAAAGCCUCAUUGUGAGUGUUCUCUCCCCACUGUUGCUGUACCACCUCCCUGCUCCCUCCAUGACAAGGCAGGGUAGACUGCAUGCUGUGGUAUACCCUCAGUAGAAGUUUGUGAAUGUGUAGGUGCGUCUUAGUCAUUUUCUACUCCAAUGGAAUCUGUUUAUUGCAUCAUAGAGUGAGUUCUGAAGAAGGCACUCUGUCAUUUCCUGAUUGGUUAAGUCUAAGCUUGUAGAAGCCAUAUAUUUAGGCCAAAUGCACCUCUUCCAUGUGAUUUUCUUUGAGUGAGGAUCGGUGGCCCUCACUGACCCUUUUGUCAAUACCUCUAAAAAUGCAAAGGAGAAUUGGGACCACACUGAAAAGAAAAGAAAAACGAUAAGAAUAAUUAUUUCUGAGAAAAAAUUUAAUUUCCAAGAAAAGAAAAACGUGAGGAUAAAGUGAUAUUUUUGAGAAUAUUGUAGUAUUAUAAAUAAAUGUUUAAUUAUUUUAUUAGAGAGAUGUGGAAAGCUGUGUCAAAUUGAAGACUUUAGUAAAGCUUUACAAACUUUGAACAAAUCAAAAGUUUUGGCACAUCAACACAAUCAUCAGGAUGAACAGUUUGUUGUGAUUGUGCAAUAUCAACUGGAUGUGAGAACAAUUAUUAUAUGGAAGUUGUCUAGCGACUCCUGGUUCCAGACAUUUGCAUUUUUGUAGGAAUUUUGAUAUUUCCGGAACUAUCAAAUACAUGACAACUUUUUGUCAAAUUGUUUUCCCUCAUUGUUCCUUUUUUCUUUUUUCUUUUUUCUGUGGCCGCAAUACUCCUUUGAACAGCAAGGUCUAUACUCAUUUUGCCCCCUGUGAACAAAUCUCAUUCACCACUGCUGAGCAGGAGUACAGUGGCAACAUUCAUGCCAUCACAUCCUGUGUGUGCGCACGCGUGCUAAUGUGAGCAGACUGUUGACUUAAUCCUACAAGCAGAUCCUGGUGUUUAACUGCAUAUUUCCUCUUAAAAUGCAUGUGUUUAGAUCCAAUUAAAAAUUACCCGUGCAGAAAGGAUUAGGUCUAAUCUGUGUGAUCAUGUGUGAGUGAGUGAGUGAGUGCGUGCGCAUGUGUGUUAAUGUGCCUUUUGGGAUGAUUAAGGAUUUUUAACAGUUUUGACAAGGAAGCAAUUAGGUAAAGUGCCAUUGAUGGCCUCUUACUCGGCAUGGCGUUAACUUGGAAUAUUUUAAGUGAAAAGACAUUAGUUGAAUGGGCAUGUUGAUGGUUGAGUGAACCAUCAGAUUAGCAAUGAUGUGAAUCCUAUGCCACCAUUGCUGCUUGUCAAUAGUUAAAUCCCUUCCAGCCUCAUCCCAUUCAUAUCUGUCGCUGGCCAACAUUGAUUUUUCUUUUGUACACACAGUGAAGUUGUUUCCUUGUUGGAGGUGAUCUUUGUCGUCAUUUUGCGCAUUAGCUCCUUUUUUUUGUUUGUUUUGUUUUAAUCGCACUGUCCAUCAUUUACUUACCCGGGCCCCCAUGCGUUUGAAAAUGUAAUACAUCAAAUAUAGAGACCUUUAUAUAAAGAGGGUGUUGCAUGAAUGUAUCUUUAAAUGGGGAAUUAUGUUAAAACUAACAAAAAAGAUUCUUACAAAAGACAAAAAAAAAAAAAGGCAAAAAUAA